AGGUCAAACGUAAUACUCAAAAACUGUAAUGGCCCCCACGACCUCUCACACCCAGCUGUGAAAAAUCAAAACACAUCCACAUUGAAUGAAUGAAAGUUAUCGGAUUCCUGCCAGAUCUGCUUCGUUAAACCCUAGAUCUGAUUACCGUUUGCGGCAGGAAGACUGAAAAUUCCUUACCGUUAAUCUCUGCUUCAGCUUUAUCAUUUUUAUUUGAAAUCUUCCACAUAGUGUGGUAGAAGGAUUUCUUAUCACACACUCUAAAACUUCUAGCUUGAAAAUGAAGAAUUUUUUGUUGUUCGUGAAAUUCUGAUCAGAUGUAUUUGUAAGGAAAUGUAGAACAUAUGGUCAAGCUACUUUUAUGAGAAAAUGAACUACACAUCUGAACUCUCCCAAGUCUUAGAAAUUGUAGAAUCAUAUUUUUUUUGAAGGGUUCGUCUGCUUCUUUUGUACUAUAAUCCAGCUUGAUGGGUUCUUCACAGUCCAUUCAGGAAGAGGAAGAAGAAGAAGAAGAAGAAGAGGAGGAGGAGGAAGAAGGCGAUAAUGGCGAAACGAAACGAAGAGAAGUGGGGAAUCCAUGGAUGAAGAAGGUACUAGAGCAAGAGCCGGAGAUGCUACCAUGCCACGCAUCAGCGUCUCCUCUGUCCCCUCAGUUGUCUACUGUCGGCACGCCUCAUCUUGGGCCGUCGAUCAAGGUAUGGGAUCCGUGCAAUGUUCUUGCUCCACCACAGCCGCUGCCACCGCGGCCGACGUUCUCUAGGAGCUUCUCCUCGGACGCCUUUGACGAUGAUCGGACGAUUACGGAGGUUUUCCUGAUCAGUCAUGGUGAGUGCGGUGUGAAUCUGAGGCCGGAUUUGAUUGCUGGGCGGUGGCCUGAGGCAUCUCUGACACCCAACGGCAAACGUCAGGCAAGAGCACUGGCCGUCUUCCUGAAAUCUUAUGGGCUUCGGUUCAAUGCUGUAUAUUCUUCGCCUCUGGAUCGGGCCAGGACAACCGCAGUUUCUGUUUGUCAGGAACUGAAUUUUGCGGAAGAACAAAUACAAUCCUCUGAUGCACUAGUUGAUAUGAGUCAGGGCCAGUGGGAGGGAUAUGUCCGAUCAGAAGUAUACACCCCCGAAAUGCUAAGUCUAAUAGAUAGAUUACAGCCUGAUUUCUCUGCACCAUCUGGAGAAUCACUUAGGGAAGUGGAGUUCAGGAUGAUCCAGUUCCUUAAUAGCAUGGUCUUAAGACUGCACGAAAGGCUGAGGACAGGAGAUUUCUUGUCACUCCAUCAGAAUGAAAGCAAGGGGUUUUCCGUUCACAACUCAUUGGGCCAGGUGAACUCAGUUCAAGACUGGGAUGGGCCAGUGCUGCCACCACCACACUGGGACUUACUUCACAGGCACAAGCAAGGCCUUACAAGGAAAAAGUCUGGUAAGAGCAGGCUACAGUUUGUGACCAAAACUGGAGAUCAUGAAGCUGAGGAUGAUCUUUCUCCCCAUGAAGCGACCAAUCAAGACCAGCAUCAUGAAAUUACAGUCAGAAGCUCCUCCUCUUCCUCCAAUUGUAUUGGUGUUUUCACUCAUGCCGUGCCAAUAAAGUGUCUCAUUUCAGGCCUUCUUGGAUGUAGCCCAGCAAUGUCUGAGAGGAUCUGUAUAGAUGAUUCUUCAAUGACGGUAUUACAACAUUCGAUAAAGACAGGUUGGCAGAUAAAGAGACUAAAUGAUACUGCACAUCUCAGGCUUCUGUAAGCU